GGUUCAACGCAAGAUGGUGACACCGCAUGCCUCUUCGGAGAAUGAAUUUGUUCAAAAUGUUCUUUCUCUCUUAAAAUAAUAAUUUCUCUUCUUUUCUUCUUAAAACUUAGAACCGGUCUACAGCACAGAUAGAAGUAAUACAAAUAAAACCCUAUAUCGAGUGGUCAAUGGACUUGUGCCUGUUGGAGUGCGAUCAGUGCAGUAAGCGACUUAUUUUUUGUUCAUUCACAAGUUACCUUUUGAGAAUAUAUAUCUUUUCUUCUGAAGAGUUGAUGUGGUUUUCGUGGGAAGCGAUGGUGAUGACAUCGAUGCUUACGUGGAUGAUAUUAGUUUUAAGUUAAUAUCGCUAACCACAGGUCCCUAUGGUGAGAAUUUAGUUCAAAACGGUGAUGCAGAAGCAGGCCUUUGCGCACAAGAUACCAAUACAGAUCAAUUUAAUGUACCAUCAUGGAACAGAGACGCCGAUUCAUUGAUUCAAGCAAUUAGUUAUGAUGCAACAGGGGGCACACAAAAAAAGCGUAACUCUACUGCGAAGAUUAAGCAUGUACCAACACCAAUCAUUAUUGAAGAUAUUGUACAAUAUUAUUGGCUAUCCAAUAAUAUUGGGUCCCAAUAUUAUUGUAUACCGAUAUAUCGGGACCAAUAA